UGACUGAUAUAUAACUGUCAAAUUCGGUUAGUGCGGCAGAAACUGAGAGCUCGUGCGUACCUUCCGCACCGGGAAUCCUUGGGCCUGCCUGUCGUGUGCGUGUGUGUCCGUUUAUCUAUCGUGGUUUUGACUUUUCAUUAGCAUAUAUCGAUUUUGUGUGGAUCAGUGGUGCGCGAGUGGCGGAGCAGAGAAAAUCUGUGGCAGUAAUUUUUUAGAAAGUUUGCUUUUCUUCGGGUACGACUCAAAACGGGGCACUGCGGAUAGGUGUGUUUUCUACCGUAGGCAUGUCAGGACUUAAGGAAAACGGCCACGCCUUGCACAAUGGCAUGAUGAAUGGCCAUCACACCAUUCGGCCCCGAUUCCCGGAGCAUCAGCAAACCAAUGGCAAGAGCAUCUCGAAUGGCUUCAGCAAAUACCAGCUCGAACCACAGCCGAUGAACAAGGAGUACCAGAAAUCAUCGUACGAGCAGGUGCCACUCCACACUGCCUGCUUCACCUACCUGGGUUUCUAUCUGCUGAUGAUACUCGGUUACAUAAAUCAGUUAUUCUUCACCCCGAAAGUGGCAACCGAGAAGCAUCGAGACGGUUACGUUCCACUGUAUGAUGCAUUCGAGAAGUUCUAUCUUAGAUACGUCUAUCGACGGGUGAAAGAUUGUUGGAACAGACCCAUCUGUAGUGUUCCAGGUGCGGAGCUUACGCUUAAGGACAGAGUCACGAAAGACUACGGUUGGUCGUUCGAAUUCACCGGUACUGAGACGCGAUGUCUAAAUCUGGGAUCAUACAACUAUCUCGGUUUUGCCCAGAACGAGGGGCCAUGCGCAGAUGAAGCGGAAGAAUCAAUCAAAUCAUAUGGGCUGGCGGCUUGCAGCUCGCGGCGGGAAAUUGGCACCAACCCGUUGCAUAUGGAGCUGGAACAGCUGACGGCCCGGUUCCUCGGCGUUGAGGAUGCCAUUGUGUUCGGUAUGGGCUUCGCCACCAACUCGCUCAACAUUCCCACACUAAUCUCGCCCGGCUGUCUGGUGGUGAGUGACGAGAAGAACCACGCUUCGAUCAUUCUAGGCCUGCGGCUGUCCGGUGCCGUUACGAAAGUGUUCAACCACAACAGUAUGAAGGAUUUGGAACGUGUUCUGCAGGAAUCGAUUUCCACCGGUCAGCCCAAGACGGGCAAACCGUGGAAAAAGAUCCUGAUCAUCGUCGAAGGUGUGUUCAGUAUGGAGGGAUCGAUCGUCAAAUUGCCGGAGAUCGUAGCACUGAAAAAAAAGUACAAAGCUUACAUUUACCUGGAUGAGGCCCACAGCAUUGGGGCCACUGGUCCAUCGGGACGUGGUGUCCUCGAUUUCUACGACGUUGAUCCCAAUGAUAUUGACAUUCUCAUGGGUACAUUCACCAAAAGUUUCGGUUCUGCAGGAGGUUACAUCGCUGGUAACAAAAAAUUGAUUAAUUUCCUACGAGUAAACAGCCACGCGCACUGCUAUGCUAGUUCAAUGUCUCCGCCAGUCACACAGCAGAUUCUCACCUCUAUGAAGAUCAUCAUGGGACUUGAUGGAACUAAAGAAGGGAGCAAGCGUAUCGACCAACUAGCCCGAAAUACCAGAUAUUUCAGAAAGCGACUCGCACAGAUCGGGGUCAUUACCUACGGACAUGAAGAUUCUCCCGUUGUUCCGAUGUUGGUGUAUCUUUUCUCCAAAAUUGGUGCGGUCGUUCGUACGUUAACUUCGCGUAACAUUGCCGUCGUGGGAGUUGGUUUCCCGGCCACGCCUAUCAUGGAGGGACGGAUUCGCUUCUGCCUGUCCGCGGCACACACCAAAGAACAACUAGACUACGCCCUGUCGGUGAUCGACGAGAUUGGCGAAACGCUUGGACUCAAGUACUCGCGAAAGCCACGGGAUACCAGGCAGAUAGAAUAUUAGAUUGUUUGCAUUGGCAAACGCUGAACGAAGUGAAGAUAAAACCACACGGACAAACACGCAUGCAUCCAUAAAUUUAACAUAAGAUAGAAAGCAAAAGUAUGCCUUAUUAUGGAUAGAUGAAACCGGACAAAUCCACAUUUUAGCGACGACUAUGUUGCCGCAUUUAUUUGAGGAAAUUUCAUUAAUUGUGUAUUAUUAUUAUUUAUGAGAGGUUUUUUUUAAUCGUGGUACUUUUUGUUGAAAGUUAUUUUUCCCGUUACAUUCAAUAACAUUUAUUGUAAGAUGCAUUAAAGUUGAAGUUGUGAAACAAUACAAAUCGCUACCAGCUUUGUAAUAAUAGUAAAA